AUGGGUUUCUUAGGAAAAGUGUUUUUCGUGGUCAUAUCCCUUUCAUCCGCCGUGGUUUAUAAACAAUACCGAGAGCUAGCUGCACCGCAGUCGGUUCCAGACCUCAACCUUCGCCAGUAUUGGGGACCGGGAGAUGUGAAGCAGUAUAAAGAAGACACCAGCAUCAAACCGUUCAAGGUGACCUACGACAAGCCGGUGAUCGAGAAGCUGCGCGCAAAAUUGGAAGAUGUCCCCACGCUUACGCCACCUUUGGAAGGAACCGCGUUCGAGUACGGAUUCAACACCAACAGGCUGAAGGAGAUCAUCAAAUAUUGGCGCACGACCUAUUUGGGCAAAUGGGAUGAGCGUGAACAGUUCUUUAAUCAGUUCCCGCACUUCCACACCCAAAUUCAGGGUCUUAAAAUCCAUUACAUCCACGUGAAGCCGAAAGUCCCGGUCGGUACCAAAGUUUUGCCCCUACUGUUGCUCCAUGGCUGGCCUGGAUCGGUCCGCGAGUUCUACGAGAUCAUCCCGAAGCUCACGACCAAGUCGAAUGAUAAGAACUUUGUGUUCGAGGUGAUCGUACCGAGCCUUCCCGGGUACGGUUGGUCACAAGCAAGCUCCAAAAAGGGGCUCAGCCCGUCGGCAGUGGCGAUCGUCAUGAAAAAUCUCAUGACUCGUGUCGGAUUCAACAAGUUCUACAUCCAAGGCGGCGAUUGGGGAUCGCUGAUCGGUAACUACAUGGCCACCUAUUUCCAGGAAGAUGUCCUAGGUGUUCACCUAAACAUGUGCUCCAUCCAGACUCCAAUGUCCUGGCCAAAAACGAUGCUGGCUUCCUUAAAACCAUCACUUUUCAUCGAGGAAAAGUACACCGAUUACUACUUCCCGCUUUCCACCAAGUUCUGCGACAUAAUCGAGGAAACCGGCUACAUGCACAUUCAGGCCACCAAACCGGACACCAUUGGCAGUGUGCUGCAGGGCAACCCUAUCGGAUUGGCCGCCUACAUCAUUGAGAAGUUCUCCACAUGGACUAAUCCGGCGUAUCGGAAUCUAGCCGACGGUGGGCUGGAAAAGUAUUUCACGCUGGACGCCCUGCUGGACAACAUAAUGAUCUACUACUUGACCGACAGCAUCACAACGUCACAGCGCAUUUACGCGGAAGCGUUCGCUGCUGACGAAAUGAAGAAGGAGGUGGACCGCAUUCCGACAACGGUUCCGGCCGCGUGCGCCAAGUUCCGGUACGAACUGCUCCAGCAGAUCGACUGGGUGCUGAAGGACCACUUCACCAAUUUGGUGCAGAGCAAUCACUUCGAUGAUGGUGGUCACUUCGCUGCUAUGCAGCUACCGGAGGUGUUGUACAAAGAUGUUGUAAAGUUCGUUGCUUCGCUACAAUAGCUGGCGAUGUUUGUUGCCUUGCAUUAAUCAGUGUUCUCAAGCUCGGGAAUAGUUCCUUAUUUUGGAAAUACAUUCUGUCCAC